AUGGAGGCUCUAGCAAAACACGAUUUUACUGCAACCGCAGAUGAUGAGCUCAGUUUUAGAAAAAAUCAAGUAUUAAAAAUUCUAAACAUGGAGGACGAUAUGAACUGGUACAGAGCUGAAUUAGACGGGAAAGAAGGGCUCAUUCCUAGUAAUUACAUACAAAUGAAAAAUCACAGUUGGUAUUAUGGGCGUAUUACAAGAGCAGAUGCAGAAAAACUCUUAGCAAACAAACCUGAAGGUGGCUUCUUGAUAAGGAUCAGCGAAUCAAGCCCUGGCGACUUCUCCUUAUCAGUCAAAUGUCCGGACGGUGUCCAGCACUUCAAAGUAUUAAGAGACGCCUCGAGCAAGUUCUUCCUUUGGGUCGUCAAGUUCAAUUCGCUCAACGAACUAGUUGAUUAUCAUCGUACCGCGUCUGUCAGUCGCCUUCAAGACGUUAAACUGCGCGACGUCGUCCCCGAAGAAAUGUUGGUGCAGGCUCUAUACGACUUCACCCCACAAGAGGCUGGCGAGUUGGAGUUUAGACGCGGUGACGUCAUAACCGUGACAGAUCGCUCCGACCAGCACUGGUGGCAGGGCGAGAUAGCUCACCGCCGCGGGUUGUUCCCGGCUUCGUACGUGACGGCGUACCACUCGUCAUAG